GGGUAGCCAGUCAUUACUAUUCAUAGAUAUUUGUCGAAAGCCCUUGAUUUGGUUUCUGACGAGUGUCAGAAAUUUUGUCGAGCAGUUAAGUAAUUUGCACAAAAAAGAAUUAAAAAAUAAACAAGUUAAGCAAACUUGGUAAAGAAGCUUUCAUAAAAUUCUUAGGGCAACUUUACAUGACAAUCCCUGAGUGGAUCAAUUUAACCACAGAGAACAGUGGCGUGGUCUAAGAAAGCGAAAAGAAAAAAAACACCAACAUUUCAGUUUUUUUGUAAACAAAUGGAAUUGCUUCCGGUAUUAAAUAUAGGUAUUUAUAGCACUAGUUUGUUUAGUGAAAUCAUCCUCCCAAAGAAGUGCACCUUCCUUAAAUAUUAACACGGGGUAUUGUUACAAAUCUAAUCAGCAUAUCUACCGGCCAAAACAACUUUUCCACGGCCGGCCUAAACUCGGUGAAUUGGUUGCACGAAUUUUUUUAAAAAAAAAAGAAAAACAAGUCAUAGAUUUUUCAGCUUCGAGAUUUAUAAUGCUAUCUGCCAACGACUUUGCCCUCGUGGUGGCGUUUUCACUACUAUCUAUCGUCGAUUUCGUCGGGAACUUACUGGUUUGUAUGAUAAUUCUUCAGCGAAAGCGGUUCCGAUUUCGUCGUUCGACCCUCGAUUUUCUUUUCCUUAACUUGGCUGUGGCAGAUAUCAUGGUAGCAGUCUUUGCGAUUCCAAGAUACGUUCUUAGCCCAUUUUUUGUCCAUCCUCUUGGCUCUGCCGGAGACCUCUUGUGCCGUUUUAUCACCGGUGGAAAUCUCAUGUGGACCGGAGGUGCCGCAUCUGUUUUCACACUUGUCGUCAUCGCCUUUGAACGCCGCCAUGUUGUCGUCAGACCUCAUCUGUUUACCAAGAAGUUGACAAUGGCGAAAUUGCGAGGUUUGGUCAUAUUAUCUUGGGCCUCUGCCUCGCUGCUCAAUCUGCCGUUGUUUUUUAUCAUGUCCUACGAUAGCGAAACUAAUUUCUGCAUAGAAAAUUGGCCAAACCCUUUGCUUCCAAAACUAUAUGGCAUAGUUUGGUUUUGUGUCGUCGGAGCAUCGCCGGUCAUUUUCAUGGCUAUUGUAUACUCGAAAAUUGUUCACCAGCUGUGGCUGAAGAAAUCCACAUCAUCAAGGUUUAAUAGAAGAGCCAUUCUUAUGUCAAAGAAAGUCACUAAAAUGGCCAUAACAUUGACAGUUAUUUAUUCAGUAUGUUGGCUGCCGAAUCUAGUUCUGUACAUCCUGGCAUUUAACAUUUCUGACGCUGUGUACGGUUCGCCUUUGUACAGAUGGACAGUGGUUUUGACUUGUUUGAACUCUACAGUGAAUCCUUUUGUGUAUACACUUCAAAGUAGACGUUUUAGACAGUCAAUAAGGCGGGCUCUGACGUGUAAAUAAGCCAGAACGGCGAACUCAAUUAUAACUCGCCCACAUUUACUUGGAAAUUUCUAACAUUGCUGUUUUCACUUGUGAGAAACGAUUACCCAUGCCUUUUUUUUUUUUCGAAAACUGAGUCAACCAGCUGUCGUAUUGUACAGGUCUUGCAUUGUUAACCAAAAAAAAAAUUAUCUCCAGAUUAGUGAACGGGAUAUUGAGCGUUCCUGUUGCAUUCAUAUAACUCUUGCUAAUAUGCUUGUUUCAUUUAAUCUAAUGCAAUCGUCUGAGGUUUUAGGGGCAUACGGAUAACGAUCGAAGAUGAA